GCUUUUAGUUUACAAAAGUUAAACUGACAGAUAAAUAAACCACGUAUUACUGUUAAAAUAUUGAAAUUAAUAAAAUGUGCUGACAGAUGAUUAAUUUUUGGACUAAUUUAUAAAAAAUGAUUAUUAAAUUAAAAUGAAAAAAUUAAAUGACGAUAAAAGAAAUAUUCCGUAUCAGCGAGGAAACCAAAGAGACAAGUCACCUCAUUAUGUCUUUCUUUACUCCGAUGACGAGGUCGAUUGUGAGGAAGUUCCGUUACAAGUGCGUAAGCAUAAAUCUACUCCACGGAAGGUUGAGGUGAUUGUUGUUAAUUUGAAGCCUGAUGACACUUUGCAGGCUUUAGCUCUUCGGUAUCAUUGUACUAUAUCAGAAUUAAAGCGUAUCAACAGUAUCCACAAAGAGAAUGAAAUUUUCGCUCGUCGAACAUUAAAAGUUCCUAUCCAGCCAUUUUCAGUAUUAACUGAAACAGAAAAGCUAAUAGACAUUGAAGAUGAGCCAGCUGCACUGCACCCAAGUACCAGUAACGCGCAACUGAUAAUAAAUCUGCCUAGAUCCGAUUCCUCUUCAAAAGGCUUCGUAUCAAAGGACGAGUCGGACAUAAACACGCUAAUACUCAACUCGGUAUGCGGGCCGGUGAAUAAAUUCACCGGCCCAGACCUGGACAUCGACGACGAGUGCAACGAAUUACUCCCGGGGGGAUCUAGAGACUCUACCCCAGAAGCUCAGGUUAUUAAUUCCCUAAAAUGCUCCGGAGCAGACUGGGGUCUCUCUUUUCUUCACCUUCUGCUCUUGGUCAUCCUUCUAGCAAUUGUUCUUCCCAUUGUUUAUAUUUUUUACAUCGCUGAGCAUCCUCAGCAAAUUAUUGUUAUAGAUAGUAAUUUUACUGACAGCAAUUUAAUAGAAAAUAGCAUCGUAAGACAAUUAAAAUAGGAAAUUUAUAAUUGCAGACAAUAAUUUAUAAAAAUUAAAAUCUCGCUUUUUAAAAAGUGCCUUCGUGUACCUGAGGUGAAAUAAUUUUUAUAUUUAUGUAAAAUAGUUAUU